AAGCUUGUUCUAGAAGUUUCUCUUGUCGACGUGUUGAAGAGCGCAUGAGAGCUAGACUACAUUACUCACCAGUGUUAAAAAGUGCUCUCUUUAGCAGAGCGUAAUAUAUCUGUAAGAUAUAUCUUUACAUAGAUUCAUAUGUGUAUUUAAUUCGACAAGCUUGUUUGUAAGUCACUCAAAAUACCGCGCUCAAGGUUUGUAGCUACAAGGAAGGAUAUAUAACGUUAGCUAGCGAGCCACCUAAACUGUGACUGCAUUGCUGUAAGUUGUGAAACAGUCAGGAUUGCUCCUUUAACAAUGCUUGCAAAAAUUUAAAACAAACAAACGGAUUAUUGUAAUGGGUAAAGACUACUAUAAAGUGUUGGGAAUACAGAAAGGCGCGUCAGAGGACGAGAUUAAGAAGGCGUAUCGCAAACAGGCCUUGCGUUAUCAUCCCGACAAAAACAAGUCUGCCGGGGCAGAGGAUAAAUUCAAAGAGAUUGCCGAGGCAUAUGAUGUCCUCAGCGACGCGAAGAAAAAGAAUGUAUUUGACAAAUAUGGAGAGGAAGGUCUAAAGGGGCCCAUGGGUGGAAGUAGAGGUCCUAAUUGCCAGAACUUUAACUACACAUUUCAUGGUGACCCACAUGCCAUGUUUGCCGAGUUUUUCGGUGGCCGCAGCCCUUUUGAACAGUUUUUCCCCCACAAUGGGGAUAAUGAUAUGGACAUUGAUGACCCCUUUGCUGCUUUCGGGAUGGGGGGAAUGGGUGGUAUGGGAGGAGGGUUCCAGAGGUCCUUCAAGUCAAGACCAGGGGGGUCCUGUGGGGGACGGGAAAAGAAGAAAGACCCUCCAGUGGUGCACGAACUGAAGGUGAGUCUGGAGGAGGUGUUCUCCGGCUGCACCAAGAAGAUGAAGAUUUCCCGCAAGCGCCUGAAUCCAGACGGCUACACCAUGCGUAGUGAGGACAAGAUCCUCACCGUAGACAUCAAGCGUGGCUGGAAGGAAGGGACCAAGAUUACCUUCCCCAGAGAGGGGGACGAGACGCCUGCCAACAUUCCAGCUGAUGUGGUGUUUGUCGUCAAAGACAAACCCCACCCUGUCUUCCGCCGAGAGGGUUCUGACAUCAUCUUCUCUGCAAAAAUAUCCCUCAGAGAUGCACUGUGUGGUUGCACAGUCAAUGCCCCCACGUUGGAUGGUAGGACUGUCACUGUAAGCUCCAGAGACGUCGUCAAACCUGGGAUGAAGAAACGCAUUGUUGGAGAAGGACUGCCCCUGUCCAAGUGCCCUGAGAAGAGAGGAGAUAUGGUUCUGGAGUUUGUGGUGAAAUUCCCCGAAAAAUUGGGUCAGAAUGCUCGUGAUGCGUUAAGUCAGAUCCUUCCUCCUUGAAUUAAAAGGUGGCUGUGAGAAAAUGCCAGUUCCCAGACAACCAGUCUACAUCUCUAAUAACAUGUACAGCUCUAAGCUGCAGGCUUGGCCCUGCCUCACCCGGGACAGAUGUUGGGAUUUAACUCAUUUACCAGUCGACAAUUUGAUUGAGUCUGGUUGGUAUAGAGAAAGUGAUGCAAUAGGAGGUUAUUGUUUUCAAUAAUAUAACAAUAUCAGCAUAUCAUUAUUAUCAAAAUUAUACUAAUGCUUGAUUAUUCCCCAGCUUGAUUUGUGUGAUUUUCUAUUUGACUAAGGAGGCGUUAAACGCUUUGGAGGGCCACAGAUGGCUUUUUUUUUUAAACAUAAGGCAGUAGUUGGCAGCCACUUUAACAAAGACGAUGGAUGUGGCUAUAAAGUGUGAGGCAUUGAGAUGAGGAUGUCAGUGUGAAGCAGUGUCAUGAAAUGACGUGCGUGUUCAAACAGUUGUUUGAGUGCUUCCAUAGCAAAUGUUGCUGGCAACUUAUGAACAAUAUCUCAGGUGCAAGCAUGCCUGAACGUAGCUUGUGUGGAUCCUGAUUUAGAGCUACCUAUAUACAUUUUGUGGUAUUAGCCUACUAUGCAGUGAAGUAUAUGUGAGAUAUGUUUAAGUUUGCUAGGAAAGCUUGAGAGCAAAUUGCUGACAUUUAGGAGAAUGUUCCAAAGGGGAGGGGAAAAAUGGCAAGAUUAUUGUGUCGAACUCAUAAAUCCUGUUUAGCAAACUCAGAGCCUGAGAAAAUAGGGGAGGUUAAUAGGAGUGUUAUUUGCCAAAGAACUGUGUGCAUGCUAAACAUUGAUGAUGAUGAAUGUGUGUGUGAGGCCUCUGUGGGUCGGGUGUAACAGAAAAAGGACCACAAAUUUAUAUAAACUAUUGUAGCAAGUUUUGACUUUUGUGGGACCUGGUUAUAAUUUGAGCACCAUUAUUCUUGUAUUUGUCCAAUACAAAUGUAUUCCCAUUCUUUAAUAAUAUUUGCGCAUGUGUGGUGCCCCCCUGCACAUACUUUUGUAAACUGAACACAAUUCAGUGCCUGUUAUAUUUCGGUGUCCCCCUGCCUUUUCUUCUUCUUUUUAAGCUGUGAAAUAACCCCCCAAAUAUUUUUUCCUGAGCUCUAUGCAAGUCAAUGUAAUAAAUUUAUUGCGAACUAAAUCAGGUUGGUUCUGUUGUCCAAAGGACAACCGACCAGCAGAACUUGAAGCAAAAUUAAUAUAUUUUAGGAAAAAUAAAAACAUUAUUCUGAAAUGAUAGUCUCGUUAACAAGGCUAUCUGCCAGUUCCGUUUUGUUAUACCUUUGAUCAGAUGUGGUUAAAAUGUGUCAUACAAUUAUUGGACUUUGUCUCACAACUUCAAGUACUUGAAAUGUAUGUUUACUCUAGUCUGAUUGACAUCAGGCGGUGGAAUAUUGAUAGCUCUAACUAUACUGUCAAUAUACUGCCUCGUAUGGGUCAUUCCACUCCAGGUGAAGUUUGUGUUCAUUCUAGGGGACAUGCCAACAUGUGGCUAAAAUGACUAGAUUAUAUCUAUUUAAUACUGUUUUUGUUAAAAGAUUUGCAUUUUUUUGCAGAUGUUUUACUUUUUAUGGAAAAGUAUUUUAAUCCCACCUUCACAUUUAACAUGAACAAGUCCCCAUUAGCACACCUGUUGUACUGGUUUGAUCACUGGCAUAUAUCAAAUAAAUGUAGCUAUCUAUAUAUAAACACUAGCUCUUAAUGGGUAUUAUUUAAGCUCCGAAGAGCUCUCUUGAACCAUCAUGUUUGUUUUUCAAAUAAAUUGUCAAAACAU